AUGGUGUCAGGAACACUGAGCUGUGAGAGAAACAGCUCACCACAAGACCGUCUGGGCUCAGCAGGAAGUACCUCCAUAUUUACUUCCAAGUCAACCUCAGACGUCAUGUGGAUCAGAUGCCUGCUCUUCGUCUCGACCUUGUGUGCUCCAAUUGCCAUCGCCUACGGCCGUGCCCCUAUCCCCAUGGCAGUGGUGCGCAGGGAGCUGUCCUGUGAGUCCUACCCCAUCGAGCUGCGCUGCCCGGGCACAGACGUCAUCAUGAUCGAGAGCGCCAACUACGGCCGCACCGAUGACAAGAUCUGCGACUCGGACCCGGCGCAGAUGGAGAACACGCGGUGCUACCUGCCUGAUGCAUACAAGAUCAUGUCACUCAGAUGCAACAAUCGUACCCAGUGUGCAGUGGUGGCCGGGCCUGACGUCUUCCCUGACCCCUGCCCUGGCACAUACAAAUACCUUGAAGUCCAGUAUGAGUGUGUUCCUUACAAAGUAGAACAAAAAGUAUUUCUGUGCCCUGGCAUUCUGCGAGGAGUGUACCAAAGUGAACAUCUUUUUGAGUCUGAUCACCAGUCUGGUGCUUGGUGCAAAGAUCCCCUGCAGGCCUCAGACAAGAUCUACUACAUGCCCUGGACGCCAUACCGCACAGACACCCUGACAGAGUACUCAUCAAAGGAGGACUUCAUCGCAGGCCGUCCCACCACCACCUACAAACUCCCACAUCGUGUGGAUGGGACUGGCUUUGUGGUGUAUGACGGCGCACUCUUCUUCAACAAGGAGCGCACGCGUAACAUUGUAAAGUUUGACCUACGCACACGCAUCAAGAGCGGCGAGGCCAUUAUCGCCAAUGCCAACUACCACGACACCUCACCGUACCGCUGGGGGGGCAAGUCGGACAUCGACCUGGCGGUGGACGAGAAUGGACUUUGGGUGAUCUAUGCAACAGAGCAGAACAACGGGCGCAUCGUGGUGAGCCAGCUCAACCCCUACACCCUGCGCAUUGAAGGCUCCUGGGACACCAGCUACGACAAACGCUCUGCCUCCAAUGCCUUCAUGAUCUGCGGAGUCCUGUACGUCGUCAAAACCGUCUAUGAAGAUGACGACAAUGAAGGGACGGGGAACAAAAUUGACUACAUGUACAACACUGAUAAGAGCAAGGAGAUGACGGUUAACAUACCGUUUCCCAAUUCCUACCAGUACAUUGCUGCAGUGGAUUACAACCCGAGAGACAACCUGCUGUACGUGUGGAAUAACUACCAUGUGGUCAAGUACUCGCUGGACUUUGGCAACAAUGGUAGCGGCAUGGCUCCAAUGAAACAUUUGAAUAAUUUAUCACCUCCAGUCUCAGAUGCCAAAUUAAGCAGGCCUAGCCAGGACGACAGGGGAGGAGGAGGUCCAAUUGGUGGUGGGGGUUCCUCCUCCUCGUCUACCAGCCGCACCACCACCACUCGUUCUCCUCCCUACUACACCACCCCAAGGCCUCUCCUCACCACCUCCCCCGGCCAGCGGUACCGAACCACGACCACAAUUCGACGCUCUCCACCAGUGCAGGUCCCUCCAGCAGCCCCACAACCUCCUGCUCUGCCUCCGCAAGACUUCUGCAGCCCGAGGGUGACAGCCGACAUAUCGUGGCCCCGGACACAGCAAGGCCAGACAGCCAAGCAGCCCUGUCCUGUAGGGACACUGGGCGUGGCCACAUACGUGUGCAUGGCCCAUUUGGGCUACUGGGAUCCUCAAGGCCCUGACCUCAGCAACUGCACGUCACCCUGGGUCAACCACAUCAUGCAGAAACUUCGCUCGGGUGAGACGGCAGCGAUUGUAGCCAGGGAGCUGGCAGAGCAGACCAAAGGGCUUCUGCGUCCUGGCGAUGUGCCAUCCACAGUGCGGGCCAUGGCCCAGCUGGUCGAACUGCUGGACGUCCAGCUCAGGAACCUCACCCCCGGGGGCAAGGACAGCGCUGCCCGCAGCCUCACCAAGCUUCAGAAGAGAGAAAGGUCCUGCAGGUUUUUCACACAGGCUAUGGUGGAGACGGUGAAUAAUUUGCUGCAGCCACGAGCCCAGACAGCGUGGAGAGAGCUGCCCACCAGCGAGCAGCUGCACUCGGCCACUCUGCUCCUUGACACUGUGGAGACUGGGGCUUUUAUGCUAGCUGACAACCUCCUCAAGACUGACACUGUGCAGGAGACCACUGACAACAUCCAGCUGGAAGUGGCCAGGCUGAGCACGGAUGGGAACCUUGCAGACCUGACAUUCCCUCAGUCAGAACUACAUGGAAACUCCAUCCAGCUGUCAGCCAGCACUCUCAAACAGCAUGGCAGAAACGGUGAGAUCAGGAUGGCCUUUGUCCUGUACAGGAAUUUGGGUUCCUACCUGUCCACAGAGAACGCCAGCGUCAGACUGAGCAGCGAGGCGGUCUACCCUAAUUACUCUGUUAUUGUCAACUCCCCGGUCAUCACAGCAUCCAUUAACAAGGAGAGCAAUAAGGUUUACCUGUCUGAGCCCGUGGUAUUCACUGUCAAACACCUGCAGGUAAGUAAGGUUUCGGAAGAGAACUUCAAUCCCAACUGUUCGUUCUGGAGCUACUCCAAACGCACCAUGAUGGGAUUCUGGUCUACGCAGGACUGUCGUCUGCUGGCCACCAAUCGCACGCACACCAGCUGCUCCUGCACACACCUCACCAGCUUUGCAGUGCUUAUGGCCCAUGUGGAGGUCAAGAAAGCAGACAGCAUGCACGACCUUCUCCUGGACGUGAUCACAUGGGUGGGGAUCCUGUUGUCGCUGGUUUGCUUGCUUAUCUGCAUCUUCACCUUUUGCUUCUUCCGUGGACUUCAGAGUGAUCGCAACACCAUCCACAAGAACCUCUGCAUCAGCCUCUUCAUCGCUGAGUCACUGUUCCUGGUCGGGAUCAACAGGGCCGAUCAGCCAAUUGCCUGUGCAGUCUUCGCAGCCUUGCUCCAUUUCUUCUUCUUGGCAGCCUUCACCUGGAUGUUCCUGGAAGGGGUGCAGCUCUACAUCAUGCUGGUAGAGGUGUUUGAGAGCGAACACUCCAGGACUAAGUACUUCUACCUGGCAGGAUAUGGAGUGCCUGCUGUCAUAGUGGCCGUCUCCGCUGCCGUGGACUACAGGAGCUACGGCACUGACCGAGUGUGCUGGCUGCGAUUGGAUACAUACUUCAUCUGGAGUUUCAUAGGCCCUGCCACGCUCAUCAUUAUGCUGAAUGUAAUCUUCCUCGGUAUCGCUCUUUAUAAGAUGUUCCAUCACACAGCCAUUCUCAAACCAGACUCUGGAUGUCUGGACAACAUCAAGUCUUGGGUGAUUGGGGCCAUAGCUCUGCUGUGUCUGCUGGGCCUGACCUGGGCUUUUGGACUAAUGUACAUCAACGAAAGCACCGUGAUCAUGGCCUACCUUUUCACCAUCUUCAACUCCCUGCAGGGCAUGUUCAUCUUCAUCUUCCACUGCAUACUGCAGAAGAAGGUGCGCAAAGAGUACGGCAAAUGUCUGCGCACUCACUGCUGCAGCGGCAAGAGCGUGGAGACCUCCAUCUCCUCCUCGAGUAAGACCACCACCUCACGGACUCCAGGCCGCUACUCCACAGGCUCACAGAGUCGUAUCAGGCGGAUGUGGAAUGACACUGUGAGGAAACAGGAGUCCUCCUUCAUCACUGGAGACAUCAACAGCUCCGCCACGCUCAACAGAGCACCUUACCGAGACACAAAGGGCAUCCUGAACAACGCAAGAGACUCCAGUGUUAUGGAUACGCUCCCUCUUAAUGGUAACCAUGCCAACAACUACAGCAUGGCCAGCAGUGAGUACUUGAGUGACUGCGUCCAGAUUCUAGACCGUAGUGGUGGCUACGGCACCCACAGCAACCACAAAGAGACGACCCUGGAGAAGAAGAUUCUCAAGGAGCUGACUUCCAACUACAUCCCGUCCUACCUCAACAACCAUGAGAGAGCCACUACGGAGCGCAAUCACAACCUGAUGAACAAGCUGGUCAACAGCAGCAUGGCCAAUGGAGGGAGCAUGGCAGGAGGCAGCAGCAGCAGCAGCAGCAGUGGAGUUGGUGGGUGUGUGGGAGGCAGUAAAGAGGACAAUGGUCCAAUGGUGCUGGACAACCCUGUGGCCUUCCCCCAUGAGGAGAACCUGGGUUUGGAGAUUAUCAGAGAGGAGUCCAACGCUCCACUCCUGCCGCCACGGCCCCCUCCACCAGACAGCCACCCGCCACCGCCGCCUCCUCCCCACAGCUUCUCACGGCCGCGGCGCAUUCCCCAGGAGACCAGCGAAAGCUUCUUCCCCCUGCUGACCAACGAGCACACUGAUGAGCACACGCAUUCACCCAACCACAGAGACUCACUCUACACCAGCAUGCCAGUGCUGACGGACCUCCCGGAUGGGCAGAUGAACGGUUUAACAGACGGAGAGGAAGAUAGCUCAGGGGAGCUGCAGCCCUGUAAGAGUGCCACUGCUCCAGAGCUGGAUGAUGUCUAUUAUAAGAGCAUGCCAAACUUGGGCUCCAGGAAUCACCUUCACGAGCUACAGAGCUACUACCACAUGGGCCGUGGUGGCAGCGAUGGAUACAUGGUGUCUGGGAGCAAGGAGGAGUCUGAUUCGUCGCCCGAGGAGCCGCCCAUAGACCCUUCCCACCUGGUUACCAGUCUAUAGAGCCAAUCAAGAGACUUCUGUCCCUCCCCAGCCCACUCUCACAUUUCCAACCUUCCAAUGAAAACAUUCUGUGUUGUUGACUGACUGACUGACAGACCGAGCUGGCCCGCCCCUGGAUUGAUGUACUGUGUGUGACAUUAACUAUGGUUCAUGACAAUAUGGUCGAGAUAUCGCUGGUCAAAUGGAAGCAGGGACUGAAUGUAUUGUCAUAAAUGGUGCAGACUGAGUGGGCGGUUCUGAGAGACCUUUUGUGAACAUGAAACAGAAAUGGAACUUCUAACCUGGAAAGGAAAGGAAGGAGGAGGGAUUCUGUAAUUUUACCAUACCUGUUACUUUAAUUUGGAAUCUUGGAUUGACCGUAGCCCUACGAGUUCCCCAAUAUGGACCUCUAGCAGAUUAUAGCAUAUAGUCCACUACCACCACUACAGGGGCGUGGCCCCCAGCUCUGGUUAAAGGAGCUGCCUGUCUGUUUGUCUGUAUGUCUGUCUCUCUGUCUCACUCUAAAAGACACGUACUGGGAUGAUGCUUCAACCUCUCUGAAGGGUAGAGCAGGAUAUUCAACUCUGGUGUUCAUGACAUAAACUGGCCCCAAAGAGGCCCCGCCCCACUACCUGCCAAUCAAGUGGAGGAUGUAUGAUAUAUGCCCUCACUAAUGAUCAUCCCGAAAAACUAUUUUACUGGACAACCGAACUGUAACCAUAUCACGCCGAUGUUCUGAAUUCUCUUCCUGUUCGUAUCUGCUAAACUGGAGUUUGUGUCCGGGCUGGUGUAACAUUCCUGCAAGUUGUAGUGACUGCGGCUACUGUGUACUUCACUGAAAACAAAGA